GACCCUACAUAACGUAGUACGUCAGUUGACGACGUCUUUCCACUGUGAACGAACGCCGCGCGUUCAACCUCAACGUUCGAUAUUCGAUAUUCGUAACUUCGCCUUCGCCUCGGAUUAAAAAAAAAAAGUAAAAAGGAAAAAAAAACAUCCCGCCUUUUUAGCUGUCAACUUGACGUGUGUUUAGUGAAAUUUUGUGCUCUUGUUUGUGCUGUGUUUGUGUGUGUGUACUGUUGCAGGAACUGGUGACCAAUAAUUGUCAGCAACUAAUUAAAGAAAACAUGAAGUCACAUGCCGAUGAAAUUUAAAAAGAUCACCUAUGCUUCCAAGAACGGACAUUCAUCAGGAAUGCAUCAACACGAAGAAAUGACCAACAUUAUAGCAAAAUGGCUGACAAAUGUUGGAAAACAUGGCUAAGAUUAUCCCUAAUAUCGAUCACUAUUUCAAUGUCCAUCACUGACUUCACGACUGAAUGCCAGCGUCCUUGCGACUGUAGGUGGCAGUCUGGCAACAAAGCUGCCAUUUGCUCAAACUCAAGCCUUAAAGUCGUACCUGCUAACCUUAGCAGCGACAUACAGAUUCUAGAUCUUUCCAAUAACAAUUUACAACAACUCCACCAAGAAGCGUUCAAACGAGUAGGCCUAAGUAAUCUAAAGAAACUUUUCUUACGAGAGUGUAGUUUAGAAGUUGUACAUAAAGCAGCAUUCGUUACUCUAGCUAUCAUGAUAGAACUAGAUUUGUCAAAAAAUAAAAUACGUUACCUACAUCCCGACACAUUCAAAGGCACAGAGAAGCUGAGAUUGAUAAACUUAAGCCAUAACUUCAUCGACAAAUUGGAAGACGGUCUGUUCCGAAACUUGAGGUUCUUGCAGAAAGUCGAAGUGAGCAAUAAUAGAAUAAUCCGGAUAGGCACAAAAGCAUUUGUCAACUUACCGCAGUUAAAGAUCAUCAGAAUCGACGGCAACAAUCUGAGUCACAUGAAGCCCGAAACUUUGAUGGCAUUAAGGAACUUGUCCGGCUUGGACUUACAUAAUAAUCCCUGGCGAUGCGAUUGCAAUUUACAAACGUUCAGGGAUUGGGUGAUAAGUCACAAUUUAUACACUCCGCCGACAUCGUGUGCGGAGCCUGCCUCCAUUCGUUCCAAACUUUGGAACGAAUUAGACUCGUCGAACUUUGCCUGUCGGCCUACCAUAUUAGAGCCUCUGCCAGACUCAACAUUCAAAAGUUAUGACGAAAACGUGACUUUGAUUUGUAAAGUCGUCGGUAAUCCUACCCCGGAAGUUGUGUGGAGAUUCAAUGGGAAAACUAUUGAGUUGCGAUCGUUUGGUGAAAUAAGAUACGUCGUUACUGAAAAUACUCUUGAUCUCAUACGAUGGGUGAAUUUGACAAUACUUCAUGCUAGAUAUAGUGAUAGAGGGAAUUAUACGUGUGUAGCUGAGAACCCGGGUGGUUUAGAUGAAAAGACUUUAACGUUAGUUCUGUCUAAAUACAGUGGAGCUGGGACUAUAGCUGGAAUGGACACUGAUACAUUUGCAAUUAUGGUCGGGUGUUUAACUGCGAUAGUAAUAAUAUUUGGGGGUAUCUUAUUUGUGUGUCAUUUGACGGCACAGAAAAGUGAAUUAAAAAGACUGAUAAAAACUGAUACUCGUUCUUCAAAUGGUGAUGCCCUUAUAGAGGGAUCUGUGAGCUCUGAACCUGAGAAAUUAGUGAAGAGUGAAGGCGCCUGUAAAUCAAAUAAGAAAUACGAUGCAACAAUGACGAGUCAGGCGACAGAAAUGUCGGAAUUAAAUAAGACAUUGCUUGACAGCGAUACAAUUUUAGCGAACGAGGAAAGCCACCGUCAAGCAUCAGACCAACAGAACAUGUCUACAGAGUUGCUGAUAGAUCGUCUGACUAAAGACCCUCAGGCGUAUCCACCAGACCUUCUGUCAAUCCCUCUCCGCUCCAACAAUCAAGUUUCCCCUGGACCAGACAGAACGAUAGACCCCAACAGUCCUAAAUCACCAAACUAUGACGUCAUCGGCAUCAGCCCAGCGCUAUACAGCCGCCUGCAAUCUGCCAAUAUAUUCCUUAGCCCAAAAGGCUACGUCACAUUGCCAAGGCGACCAAGAAUAUCCUACCCGGAGAAUGAUAUACGUCCCCAAGUUUUAUCCACAUUAAACGGCGUGUUACCUUACUACGAUAAUUUUAAUAUGAAGAUCUUUGGCCACAGCGGGAAUUACUACAGCCUGAACAAAAGCGAGAUGGACUUAGGACCAGUGAACAAAAUGAAUUACGAGGCAGAUGGUUUGGAACCCGCUCCGUCGCCCGCGCCGGGGACACCACAUGCAACCAUACCGAGAAGUAGCGUCAGUUCUCCAAAUAUACAUAACCAGCUGCUAAUGUCCCAAAUAGCAAGGGACAGACCUUUGAAAAUAUCGUUAGAAAAUGACACAGUCAUCUCUAAAGAUAGAAGCUUGCAUGCUGCGAAUAUUGUUGGUGUAAGUUUGGGCAGGACAGCACAGAAGCCGAGAAAACGGAAUUCAUGUGAGCUUAAUGCGUUUCUGACGAGUGAUAAUGCCACCCAGGUAUGAAUGUAAUGAGAUGAACAUUUUAUGAAAUGUGUUUACUUGUAAUACAGUUCAACAUUACUUCAACAGAAUCUUUUGUAAUGUAGCGCGUUGAUGAGGUAAUGCAAUACCUUAAAAUAAUGAGUGUGUUGUUUCAAAAAAACAUUGUUUUAUUGUAGUUGUCUAAAAAGAGGUGGUCAUUUUACGUUGUGCAAGAAAUUUUCGAAUAUCAAGUUAAUACGUUCGUAUUAUUUUCAUCUUUGUUAAGCAUUUCAUGGAUUUUUGGGUAUUGCAUCAUUUCAUUUACCAUACCUAUUUAUACAAAAUAAUCUAAGCCUUUUUUAAUACUAUCAUAAUAUUAUAUAAUAUAGGCCUUAUUGUUUUAAUAUACCUUAGUAAAUGAUACUCAAAAUUUUAUAUAAA